AGAACGACUUGUCACAGAAUCCAAAGUCCAAGACCGAAGAAACAGGGUAAUAAAGAAAAGUUAAGCACCAGAAUUAUUUAUAACAAAUUGAAUAGUUAAUUAACAAUAAUUAAAAUGUCACCGCGUGAUAUCAGUAUCGUCUUAUGUCUUUUGAACUUUUACUUCAACGCAAGAAUAAAAGUGAGUACCCAAUCCGUUCAAUUCCUGAACACAACUAUAGAACGUUCCAGAAGAGAGCUAGAUGAAACAAAAAGAUUCCUGAUCUUCCCACAAGGUAGUAAUGUACAGCUCAUAUACUGCAUGACUAUUGGUACCUACACAAAACCUCAAGGUGUCUUCACAAUGGGAGUAACAGCAGGUUUAGCCUGGCCAUUACCGCAUAAGGAUUCUGUGCCUUAUCGAAAACCAGCGGAAGUCUAUCAUCGUAGAAGCAGAAGAGAGCUUUAUCACAAAAUCGAAUUAAUGCUGAAAACACAGGGAAAGGACGGCAAGGCUUGUGUGCUUAAGGCUAUUUGCAAUGCGGCGAAACGCGACAAAUCCGACCUCGGUACGAGAUCCUUCAUGCGCGAAAUUCUACACUCGAUAUUCACUUUACCCGAAGGCUCUUACGACGACGAUCCUAAGACAGAAUACGAAAGAGCGAAGAUUGCCGAUUGCGACCGAAUGUACCCGAGCUGUCAAGAGAUCCUAUAAUAAAGCAUACAAUCAUACAGGAGUAUUUUUUUUUAAUAAAAAAAGACAAAUAAAAUCUUUAUAAACAGAUUCUCCUUUUUCUAAUACUUUGUUCCCUUUAUCCACUGUGGUUACGUUGUAUAUUCUUACAUAAAUUUGCACUCGGCACUCCUUGGACCAGAUGGAUCUUACGUAUUGCAAUAAUAUUAAGUUGACCUUAUCGAAAAAGGUAUCCCCUUAACUUCACGCAAGGAGUGCAUAUCUUCCGGAGUA